AAGCAAGAAAAAGAUGAAAAGGAUCCAAAAAUCCAAUGGGGAUAAGAGACCGUUAAAACCAAAAAUAAAUUCCUCCCUCUCCCUGUUACUACAAGUCUUCAAGCAGGAUUCCUUGGCAGAAUCAUGAGCAACUUAUCAAUGGCCGCCGCCGUCGUCCCCUCCAUUUCCUCCGCCUCUUCUUAUUCUUCUUCCCUAAUUCUUCGUCCCUUCAAACUACUCCCUGCAACUAAACCCUCUUCGUCCUCCUCUGCUUUGUCCCUGGUCCUGACUUGCGCUGCUCCCUCCUCCAAGGAUGCUCGCGGCGGCAAACGAAAACCCACUUCCAGAAGGAGCAAGUACGGCACUUCUAGGAGGUCGACUCUCAAGAAAUCGUUCAAUCAAGAGCAGGUCGUGUUCACCGCUCCAGUCUCCCACGAACCCCAUGUAGGGAUUAUCGGAGGCGGCAUGGGCGGUCUGCUUUGUGCUCUCGGUUUGGAGCAAAGAGGGUUCAAGUCCACGGUUUUCGACACGGGGAUUCACGGGUUGGGAGGAAGAUUGGGGACGAGAACCAUUGUCGGUGGUGAUAAGGAACUUAUAUUCGAUCAUGCUGCUCAGUUCUUCACUGUAAGUGAUCCUGUAUUUGGUGACCUAGUAAAUGGUUGGUUGGCAAAAGGUCUGGUUGAAGAAUGGAAAGGUAGAGUUGGGGAGAUUGAUGCCGGUGGUGGUGGUGGAUUUGUGCCCUUCCCACCAAUCCCUCCAAGAUAUGUCGGUGUUAAUGGAAUGCGGUUUCUUGCAGACUCACUUCUCUCACAGAGUGAAAUGGUGAAUGUGGUGAGACCUUGCUGGAUAAGCAAGCUCGAGCCGUUCAAUGGGAUGUGGCACUUGAGUGAGAAUGGGAAGCCUUGUGGGCAGUUCGAUGUCAUUGUGAUUGCACACAAUGGGAAAUGUGCGAAUCGGUUGCUUGCUACAUCAGGCUUGCCCUUAAUUGCAAGACAAAUGAAGAAGCUUGAUUUAAGCUCGAUAUGGGCGCUGAUGGCGGCAUUUGAUGAUCCGCUUCCAAUACCGUUCGAAGGAGCAUUCGUGAGAGGAGUGGAUGCAUUGUCGUGGAUGGGUAACAACUCCGGGAAGCUUUCGAAAGGGAAACAAAGCCCCGAAUGCUGGACACUUUUCAGCACCGGAGCUUAUGGGAAGAGGAACAAAGUUCCACAGGAAAGCAUCCCAUGUGAAACAGCAGAGAAGGUGAAAGAGAGCAUGUUGGAAGGUGUAGAAGCCGCUUUAGGAAUGGAGAAAGGACAGCUGCAAAGACCAUCUUACACAAAACUCCAGCUAUGGGGUGCUGCUCUGCCGACCAACAGUCCAGGGAUCCCCUGCAUAUUCGAUCCCCAAGGAAGGGCUGGAAUCUGCGGGGAUUGGCUUCUCGGUUCAAACAUGGAGUCCGCCGCCUUAAGCGGCAUUGCUCUUGCUAAUCAUAUUGGGAAUUACUUGGAAACCGGCGGCGAAACACCUGCAGCCGCUGAAGAAUUCGGAAUCGGUCUGACCACGGAUUUCCCCCCGAUUCAAGGCCACGACAUCGGCCAGUUCUCUGGGUUGAAGAACAUACAACAACCUGUACAAGAUGCAUUGCAUUCUUCUGUAACAGUCACAGUGUAGUAGGAAGAAACAGCGCUAGUCUAGUUUUCCGCCAUUGUUUAUGCCGACGAGCUUCAGAAUUCAAUUGAGUUUAUAACAAUGGCGUGCCAGUUUUUUUUUUUUAACCUUUAAGAUACGAUGUAAUCCAAAGAAACAGCUCUAGGGUGAUUUUCCGCCAUUGUUGAUAUGGUCCAGCUUCGGAAUUCAAAUGAGUUGCUUACUUUGGGAGACGAGAAACAAUUCAAAUUCCCUGGAAAGAAAAGGCUUGGAAUUCACUUCAAUUGAGUUAAUACAGAACGUAAAACGAAACCCUAGCAAUGUUGAAACCCUAAAGUAAAAAAGCUCUGUUACAACCGAAACUAUUCAUUCUGAUACUUCUCAGCCCGCAAUUUACAACACUAAAUAUUGCCGUUCACCGCUCGCCUUCCCAAACAACAAUCAGUCCUACGACUCAUCAAACACAAAGAAUCUUCACUUCCGGGCCUUCCGCGUAGCAUUGGCUCUCUUCACUGGCUUGGCAGCGGCGGCAGCCUUCUUCGGCUUAGUCGCAGCCUUCUUCGACGGGGAAGUUACCGACGCUGUCUUCGCCUUCUUAGCCGACUUGGCAGCUGCUGGCUUGGGAGCCGGAGCCUUCCUCUUAGCUGGCGACUUGGCAGCUGGCUUACCUGCUGCUGCAGAUUUAGCUUUGGAAGCAGCGGCUUUAGGCUUUGGCUUGGCCUUGGCGGCUGCCGGUUUAGCUGCUGCCUUUGCAGGCUUGGUCUCGGUUUUGGCAGCUGGAGCCUUCUUCUUCGCUGGCGCCUUGGUCGUUGACUUAGCCGAAGCGGUUGUUGUUUUCGCCUUUGACGCGGCGGCUUUGGCUUUCGACUUCGGCUUCGGCUUAGCAGCAGUAGCCGCUUUGGCCUUGGGCUUUGCCACCGCCUUGGUCGUAGCAGCCUUCGGCUUGGCUGCUGCUUUGGAUUUCGCAGCAGGCUUCUUAACAGCAACCGGCGCGGCGGCGGCGGCGGUGGAGGAAGACCGAGACGGCAGCUUGAACGAGGCCUUCACUUUGACGAGCUUGCCGGAUGCGACGAGUCUCUUGGACUGAAUCAGAAGCAGCUUCCUGAAAUUCGACGGCAGGUUCUUGUGCUUGUCCUCGAUGCACUUGGCGAUGGCGAUCUGGCUCGAUCCAGUCCUCUCCUUCAACGUCUUAAUCGCUUCAGUAAUCAUCUGCAGAAAAACAUAAACGAACGACGGAACGUUAAGAAUCAGAUCCAGAAAACGGAAUCGAUCAGGAACAUUCAGUAUUCCGAUCACCGGAAGGCGGCGAUUAACGAGAUGUGAGAAGAAUUUUACCUCUUCGAAAGAAGGAUAGCUGCGAGCAGCCUUGGGCUUCUUAGCUGCAGCUGGCUUCUUCGCCUUGGGUGCUGCUUUGGCCUUGGAUGCCGGCUUGGAUGCGGCUUUCUCCUCCACCUGCGUCUCUUCUGGAACGGGCGUCGGCACGACGGGAGCUUCCGUUUCCGCCAUUGGAGUGCGAAGGAAUUAGAAUCAAAAAAUGGAAAGAGGAGAGAUGGAGGCGAGAUUACGAUUGAGGUUUCGUAGAGAGAGAAAAGGCGAAUGUGUG